CUUUUUCCAGAGUUCCUUUUUCUUACACUCCCAGGAUGAACUCCCCGGUCAUCGUCUUCUCCCUUGGGGCUUGGAUCACCCCUCCCUUCUUCCAUGCCCUUCGAGCUCAGCUCCAGGAUCUCGGCUUUGCAUCCAAAUGUCCAGCCCACCCUUCAAUUGGAGCUGAGCCUCCCUCCAAGACCCUAUCGGACGAUGUUGCCUCUCUCCGAAGACUUUUGACGAAUCUCGCCGACGCCGAGAACGACAUUGUCGUUGUCGCCCACUCCUACGGCGGUGUGGUAGCAUCCAACGCAGUGGAUGGCUUGAGCAAGACUACACGUGCGCAACGCGGCCAGGCCGGCGGAGUCGUUCAAGUGGUCUAUCUCGCUGCCUUUGCACUCGAUCGCGGGCAAAGCCUACUCGAGAUGCUGGGUGGGAGCUUUUUGCCCUGGAUGCAGGUGGAAGGCGACUAUGUCCACAUCGAUAGCUCCAGCCACAUCGGCUGGCAAGACCUCCCGCUCGACGAGCAGGUUCAAUGGAAUACCUUCACACACCACACCUCCCGCGCCGUCUUUGCAGGCAAGGUAACGCAUGAACCUUGGAGUAGCGAGAUCCCCUGUGCAUACGUGAUCUGCGAGCAAGACCAGGCCAUGCCGCCGGCCUUCCAAGAGGGAUUUGCCGCAAAGGUCGCGGGUCCGGAAAACACAUACCGGCUUCCGGCAUCACACUCGCCUUUUUUGUCCAUGCCGAUACGACUGGCAGAUGUGCUGGUAGAAGCCAUUGGGGAGGAAUCAGACGAUGCCGUGCUGAGUAGUUUAUAGAGGGGGGAAGGUCAAUGCACUGUAUGUGAUGCCCAUUGAUGUUGGUAUCACAGUAUGCGAAUUAUGUCAGACCACAGCGACGAGAUGGGAUCCACGUCCUUUCGAGCUUGCGCCAACAAUGGUCGUAGAAUAGGGGCGGUCAUGCGAGGUCAAGAACAGGUUACAAUACUGAAGCGGCUAAGUGCGAAGAAGAGAACUCUCCAGUUCACUGAUGCGAACAGUGGUUGUAGGGCGUGGACGGCGAGUGACCAUUGUGGGUAACUAAGAAGCCCUCUACUCGUGUACUAUCGGCGCGGGACAAAGUGCGCGGCUUUCCUCUACCAACACCGAUCUUCAGUAUAUGCC